CUGCGCGGAGGCGGGCGGUGACGCGUUUCCGGUUCCGCCCCGCUCUGUCUUCCCCCUCCUCCGCCGGCCGACGUGUCGCUUGGGUCCCGGCGGCGGCGGCGGUGCAGUGAGCAGUCAGUCAUGGAUCAAGUGAUGCAAUUUGUGGAGCCGAGCCGGCAGUUUGUGAAGGAUUCAAUCCGACUGGUUAAGAGGUGCACCAAGCCGGACAGAAAAGAAUUUCAGAAGAUUGCCAUGGCAACAGCAAUAGGAUUUGCUAUCAUGGGAUUUAUUGGUUUCUUUGUGAAAUUGAUCCACAUCCCUAUUAAUAACAUCAUCGUUGGUGGCUGAACACUCCCGAAAGAACCUGGCUUCAAUUUGGGAUCCGACGGACAGUGAGGCUUCGGGAAGGGAUUGGCUUUAUCCGUGUAAAUUCUCAAUCUGUGUUUCCCCUGCAAACUAUUUUUAGUGCCUGCAUUAAAAAUUCCAUUUUUAUGGGAGAAGAA